GGGGCGGGGGAGCGAGCGAGCAAGAGAGCUGUGACGACACAGAGUGUGCGAGAGGGCGAGGGGCGCAGAGAAUGAGCGACCGGCGGUCCAAGAUCUGGGAAAUCCAGUCGCAUUUUCGGGUUGUCGAGCGCAGAGAAAUCCUGCGGAGUUGAGGGAAAGGUGUGCUGAAUUGAUGCGGGUUGCCGGGAGGGUGUUCGACUGAUGUGAUGGGAUCCGUCCCGCCUUCCUUUGUGCCCAAUAUCGGGGCCGAUGGCCUCGCCACUGAUGUGCCCAUUAUUUCUUACACUGAGAAGAUCCUGGAGGAGAAGGAGCUGAAGCUCAAACAGUACAUUCAGGAUAACUACUCUAAGAUACGCAAUGUAGAGAAGGAGCUAGCAACACUUGCUCUGGAAGUCAAACUCACAGCUGGCCCUAAGAAGCAUGCUCUUGAGCACCUCAGGAAAAUGAUAGAGGCAUCCACUGAGAAAAUUAAGGCAGCGAAACUGAAGGAGGAGCAGACAAAAAAGGCUUGGGAAGCAGCAGAAAAGGCAGUGCAGGCCGAGGAAGCGUACAAGCAGCGCCUUUGUGAAGAUUUAAACAGGCUGGUGCAAGAGAGUGCAGCAGCUCAGUAUACACGCCUUGAAGACUUAACCAGACGGUUGGAAGCGCUGAAUCCGCCUCCUAAAGAAGCGUCCUCACAAGAAUCAGUUGUCGAUAGUACCACCACCACACCUCCCCAGCAAUCAGCUGUCUUAGAAGCUCAACAGCCUGGAGGAAGUGGAAACGAAGAAGCGGUACAUUUAGAGCAGCGCACACAGACUAAAGGUCGAACUCAGUACGUGACGAUGGGCCAGCAUAUUAGCAUGGGGAGAGGUCGAGGCCGUACAACCCCAGGUGGACGGUCGAAGGGAGCUUUAGUUCUGCAAGGUUCUAAAAGCAAUGAAGCGGCUGGCUGGACUGGAGCUGGGUUCAAUGUCCAAGAGGAUCAAUAGCCGUUUUGUGUUGUUUCGUUGAAUUUCACUGUAAGAUUCUCAUUUGUGUAGGGGGCUCCCGGUGUUCAAGAGCGUUCCAGGUUCAAAUGUUUCACGAAUUCGCAUUCACGCUUUGAAUUUGAAAGUUGCUCUUUUUUAAAUCAGGGAGGUUAUUCAAUAAGUUAAGUCAAUCACAAGUAGCCCUGGACACAUUCUACCCGAUUUCGGAAUCCCCCUGGCACUGAAGGGUUGUUCUAGAUCUGGGUGAAAGAGGCGAGAUGAAAAUCCAUUGAACCAGGUGAGGCUUCAACCUGAACGGAUGUUACGACUGAUUUAUGUCUAGGUUAGAUCGAAGGCACAUCAUUAUUGUAGCUAGAGGAAAGAAAUAGUUGUGUAUGACCUUAAAUUCAAAGUUGAAUGCGACCCUGCUGAAGGUUUACAAAGUACAACCUUUAGUUCAUGGCCGUGAGCUUGUUACCUGAGUCCUUCCCAGAUAUCGUAAUCGAAUCGGGUCCUGUGCUCUCUCCUUACGAUGUUCUAAAAGAGCAAGGGAAAGAUUUAUACAAAAUGUCAACAGGCUUAUCUCACUUUGUAAAGUUUUUUACAAGAC